GGGCCUCCGCGGGGCCCGGUUUUGCGGUUUUCGGACGCGUUCGGUUUUCGAUAACAGCGAAAUUCUCUCCCGCCUCACCGUCUUCUACGAGCUCGCUGCAGUCGGACGCGUAAUUCGAGUCAGCUGAGACUCGGCUGCUUCGUAAUCGCUGUCGGUCGAACCUGCUUGCCGAUCUGUGCCGCAAGAAGGACUUAUAAUUUGGCACAAUGACCAGCGAAAGACUGGACUUGGACAAGCCCUUGUGGGACCUUAACAACUUUAUAGGAAGAUGGAAAUACUUCGCCUGGAUGACCGACUUUCGCACCUGCGUUGUGCCUGAAUCAGAUCUGCUAGCUGCUAAAAACUUGUGCGAGCAAUACAGGCUUGGCAAGGAGCCAACCGAUACGAGCAGAGAGCAAGUCAUCUAUGCGAAGAAGCUGUACGAGUCGGCCUUUCAUCCCGACACCGGCGACCUGCAGAACGUCUUUGGCAGAAUGUCCUUCCAGGUGCCGGGAGGAAUGGCCAUCACCGGUGCGAUGCUUCAAUUUUAUAGGACAACGCAAGCAGUGGUCUUCUGGCAAUGGGUCAACCAGUCCUUCAAUGCACUCGUCAAUUAUACAAAUAGGAAUGCUAAUAGUCCCAUAACUACGAAUCAGUUAGGUGUAGCUUAUAUUAGCGCUACCGUUGCAGCGAUGAUCACUGCGAUAGGAUGUAAAGCGUACUGGGAAAAACGUGCCAGUCCUCUGAUGGCUAGGUACGUUCCGUUCGCUGCAGUGGCGGCCGCUAAUUGCGCUAAUAUCCCUCUAAUGAGACAGAACGAAAUCAAGAACGGCGUAGAUCUUGUUGACGACGAUGGUAGGAAACUCACAAAAUCGAAGCUCGCGGCUGUCAAAGGUAUCGGCCAAGUUGUCAUUUCGAGAAUCGUCAUGUGUGCACCCGGCAUGCUUAUUCUUCCACCAAUAAUGGAGAGAUUGGAGAAAUAUGCAUGGAUGCAGAGAAUCAAACCCUUACACGCGCCAAUACAAAUUAUGAUGUGCGGUAUUUCGUUGUCGUUUAUGGUGCCAACAGCGUGCGCACUGUUUCCGCAAAAUUGCCCUAUCAAAGCCACUACCCUGCAGCGCUGGGAGCCAGAAAAUUACGAAUUACUGAAGAAGAACUGCGAAGGCAACAAGCUGCCUACGUAUUUGUAUUUUAACAAGGGAUUAUAAUGUCAUGACAUGAGAUUUUAGUUCUAUAAAACUGUGUUUUGGAUAGGUACUAUUCUAUCCAUUGUAAAUCACGUUGUUUCGAUCUAUUGCACUCGCGACAAAUUUUUCUGCUGGAUCAGAAACGAAUCUAGAAA